AUGUCUGCAUUGAAAGCACCAGCUAUUAAUGCUCAAGAUCUUAUAAAUAGAAUCUUGCAGCUUGAACAGAUUAUCAAGAAACUUGAAGAGCAGAGCUGUAAAUUGAAAAACUAUAAUAAGCAGCUUGAGAAUUACUACAAAAAAGAUAAAGAUAAUCAGAAUGAUAACAUGCUCAAGAUCAUUAAUAAUUAUAACAUCUUUAUUCAGACAUUGAAAACCACUUUUGAAGAAGUUAAGAAAUGA